AUGGCUGACGAAGUCCGUCGCUCUGGCCGUGCCAACAAAGGGCACCACACGAAGAACCAGGAUGUGCUCGAGGAGCCUCUUGCGAAGCCCAAACCGAAGCCCAAACCCGACAAGAAGGGACUGACGCACGGGCAGGUCCAGGCUGCGCGCUCGCUCUCAGCACAGUCGACAGAGCAGCAGGACGAUGUCGAAGCCGAAGCCGAAGCCGAAGCCGAAGCAGAGGCCGAAGCCAUCAUUCGAUGCGUCUGUGGCGACCAGCGAGACAUUCGAGGCCGGCAGAUGAUAUGCUGUGAGAAGUGUGACGCUUGGCAGCAUGUCAAAUGCUUAGGUCUGCAAGAAGGAGACGAGUGGAAUGACGAGAACAAGAUAUACUUGUGCGAGCAAUGUCAGCCGGAGGCCCAUGCCGAUCUACUGGCAGCUAUGGCGCGGGGAGAGAAGCCAUGGAACCGGAAGAAAGGUUCGAAGCAGGCAAAACCAAAGGCUCGUCCCAGUGAUUUCAACGCUGCCAUUGAGCCAGAGAAGAGCAAGACAUCAACUCCUGCUAAAGCAACCCCACCAGUUGCUCCUCCUGCUCCUACUGCUCCUGCUACUCCCGCUACUCCAGCUCCAGUAGCCAAAGAGCCACCUGUAGAGGUAUCGAAUGGCCACACAGAACCAAAGGUGAGCAAGAGAGGACACCCGCUUCGCGUGAAUAUCGCUAAAGCGGAUUUACAGCAACCCAAGAAGGAAGCGCCCAAGAGCCAGCCACAGUCCCCUGUUGGGGAGAAGAGACGGCGGGACACAAUGGCCGAGAAAGAUGGUGGCGAUAUGACUAAGCGGCGAAAAUCAAGUGCACAACACCACAGCAAAGCAGCAGGAGAGCCAAUGAUGGCUAAGGAUGUAAAUGAUCUCACAGGGAAGCAGAAAUCGUCAGUAGAUGCGGCAAUCAAGAACAUCACCGCCUUGGUCAAGAAUGCUUCUGACUCUCGAGGCUAUCGCAUUCCUGAUGGGGAUACGCCUACCUCAGUUGCAACCCGUCUAGGAUUGCAAAUGGAUUAUGCUGCUCUUGUUCGUUACGGUGAACCAACGGACAACAAUUCUGACUAUGUCGAGAAAUUUCGGAGUAUCUUAUACAACAUUAAGAGGAACACCCUUCUUCUUGAUCGCCUCCUUUCCGGCUCCUUGACGGUCGAAGGGCUCUUUUCCAUGAGCGCCGAAGAAAUGGCCAGUGAGGAGAAACAACGGGAAUGGGCUGCUAUGCGAGAGGCGAACGAGAAGCAAAUGAUCCUCACCGAAGAGUCUGGGCCCCGGUUACGGAAGACUCACAAGGGCGAGGAGAUAGUGGGAGGGGAGGAGGACGCCCUUGAUCAAGAGUUCGUGCCAAAUGAACGCAAUCACCGCGACAGCGUCCAGGAGGAGCAGAGAAACAUCGAACCUCCAUCCCCCAAGCGUGAAGGCAGCCCAAAUCUUGUGGAGCUUCCAGAAGACAUUGAUCGACGCGCCCCAAUUGCGGUUGAUACAUCAGGAGCCCAGUCCUCAUCGAUUCGCCGACCAUCAACAAAUUUUGAUAUCAAUUCUGUGUUCGACAAGGUGCGGUCUCCUCAAAAGGAUCAGCACGCAUUCCUGCGACGUCAGAGCUCAAUCGUCGUGCCAGAGAGGCCACCGGAAGGUCCAGGAGAUGAUGCCGAUGUUGACCGGCUACUGAAGGACGACGAUAAUGAUAUUACAAUGACCGACUACAUGCCGGAUCCAACUGUGGCCUGGCAAGGAACCCUCAGCAUGCAGUCGCUGGGGCCUUUUGAGGCUGUUGCGCGCUUUGUUGCCGGUGGAGACUUUGGACAAAUCUUGCCAUGGAAGGACCUUUUAUCCCCUACAUUACCCAUUCAAGGACGUAUUGAGAGUGCGAAAGGCAAUGACUACAUAAAUGGCUUGGCAGCCGGUGCCACCCAUGAUGUUGCGGUGCUAUCGGUCACUCCUCUCAAUGAAGACGGGCGCUUGGUAAUGGACCGCCUCUUUAAUUACUUCCAUCCUAAAGACAGGUGGGGAGUGGUACCAGUGGAAAAGCUGGGUAAUGAGGCCAUGCGGGAUCUAUAUGUUAUUCCAGUGGAGGCCGGUGGCAGUAAUCUCCCACCUUUCCUUGAUAUGUUGGAAUAUUGCACGAUCGAAACACCCCGUCCGAACCAUACGAUCCUGCUCGCUCUUGUUGCCAAAUUACCGGAGAAUAUGGGCUCGCUACCUCCGACGCAGCAUUUCAAUCGCUACCCUACUGGUGAAAUUGUAGCAGGUCAACCAGCAACGCCAAUGGCUCAACAAAACGAGCCCAUUCCUCCACCAGAAACAAAUCCACAUGGUCCCGCGUUCUCGCCUGUCGGUUCAUCUUUCCCCUCAGGCCCCAACUAUGGAAGCCCGUACCCUCCGACUCAAGGCAACAACGGCUUUCCUCCUCAAGCCCCCAUGCCCAACGUGUCUCCACACCAUGCGAUUCCUAAGGCCGUGGAAAUCUUAGGCCCACACAUUGAUGCGCCGACCGUAGUCCAACUUCUUACCCAGUUUACAGGCAACGUUUCAGAGGAGAUCCUGAGGAAUUUGAAGGCGAUAUUGGACGAUGUGCCCCCAGCACGAACGGAUAUGGUCGUUUUUCAAGAGCACUUAAUGAAGAAGAGUACAGCCGGGGUCGAGCAAAAUUCUUACGGUUAG